GCUCCCUCUCCGCGCAUGCGCGGUAGCGUACAGCCUCAUCCGGGUUCUUCGCUAGAAUCCCUCUGAGAGGAGGCGGGAAAUGGCGUCCCGAGCAGCUGUAGGUCUCUGUGUCGUUCUGUGACUCGCGCUCAGCGGAGAAGUGACUGAGAGACGCGCGCGGGCCGCUCCAGCCACAACCGCCUCUGCGACCCCUGGCAUUCUUACAUGUGACUUUUGGGACAAUGAGGCUGAGAGUGCGUAAGGCUUCUCAGCAGCGGAGCGCCAGCCCAUCCGCCCGGACCACCAAGACCAAGAGGAAGCACUCCGAGGUGGAACACGCUUUGUCCUCCGAAGACGCCAAGAUGCAGAAGCGAGAGACAGGCAUUUUCUCCACCAUCAAACGGUUCAUUAGAGGCAAUGCUGUCAAGGUGGAGCAGUGCACUCCUGCUAAGAGAAGCCGUAUAGACUGCGAUUCGGACAGUAAUCUGAUCACAUCCACUCCGACCGGUGGGAACCUGCCCAGCAGAGCAAACCCCAGAACCCGCAGGAAAGGCCCCGUCAAUGGAGACACCAUGACGGGUCAGAGUAAACCAGUGAAGCCCAAUGGGAAGCUGGAGGUGCAGACGGAAACUCUGAGCAGUCCGCCCCGCACCACCCUCCUGGGAACCAUCUUCUCUCCUGUUUUUAGCUUCUUCUCACCCGCCAACAAAAACGCUACAGCGGGCUCAGAUUCCCCGGGGCAGGCGGUGGAAGCGGAAGAGAUCGUGAAGCAGCUCGACAUGGAGCAGCUCAAGGAAACCCCGACCAGCACUAGCACAGACGGUCGAGACCUGACCUUUGACCCUGCACUAAACCCCAGACCGCUGCCUCAUGUAGACACAUCGGUAGAGGAAGGAGAGAUCGUCACAGAGGCUGAUAUGCCACCGCUAACUGCCGUAGGAUCCAACAGCAGUUAUCCGGAUGUCCCGCCAUCGCCUCCAGCAGAAGGGACUUACGAGGAGGACUGGGAGGUUUUUGACCCUUAUUUCUUCAUCAAACACGUGCCACCCUUGACUGAAGAGCAGCUCACCCGUAAGCCUGCGCUUCCUCUGAAAACCAGGAGCACCCCCGAGUUCUCUCUCGUCCUGGAUCUAGAUGAGACUUUGGUUCACUGCAGCCUCAAUGAAUUGGAGGAUGCAGCCUUGACCUUCCCUGUGCUUUUCCAAGAUGUCAUUUACCAGGUGUAUGUCCGGUUACGGCCAUUCUUUAGAGAAUUCCUGGAGCGCAUGUCUCAGAUUUAUGAGAUUAUUCUCUUUACUGCUUCCAAGAAGGUGUAUGCUGACAAGCUGCUGAACAUCCUGGAUCCUAAAAAACAGCUGGUUAGGCACAGAUUGUUUCGCGAACACUGCGUAUGCGUCCAAGGCAACUACAUCAAAGACCUUAACAUCCUCGGGAGAGAUCUCUCCAAGACGGUGAUCAUAGACAACUCACCUCAGGCUUUUGCCUACCAGCUUUCCAAUGGGAUCCCCAUUGAGAGUUGGUUUGUGGACAAGAAUGACAAUGAGCUCCUAAAGCUGGUGCCAUUUUUGGAGAAGCUGGUAGAACUGAACGAGGAUGUUCGUCCACACAUAAGAGAGCGAUUUCGCCUGCAUGACCUUCUACCCCCGGACUGAAUAUUGCAGCGAAACGAACAUUUCUUGCCAACCUGACUGUUUUUAAGCAGUGGGGAAAUUACACCAUGGGGGAAGGAAAAUUUGCCACAAACACUUUGCCAUCAGGAUUUCAACUACAGACCUGCCUACAUGGGCAUACUUUUAUGUGGGGACGGAGGGAGGGAGGGGGGUUUUCGGGGCUCUGGAUAAAUGACUCGAUGUAUGCAUAUGUUUUCUAUACACACAUUUAUGGAACCGAAGGCGAGGCCGAGAAGAUCACUUUUGAUUGGUCGUCCAUCUCGGCUCUGCGGUGGACUUUAAGGUAAAGCGCUGUGCAGAAGUGGACUUGCGUCGCUCCUUUUGGUGCUCAAAGGGACCCUCUGCCCUUCCAGGCCACUGGCUUUUACUUCAACGAGAAUGACCGGUUGAAUAUAACUAUAUAAAACAUGAAUAUAUACAUUCAGCUAUGUGUGUAUAUGUAUAUAUAACAUUUGUACAUAUAUAUUUUUUCCUGUCAAGUUUGUAAAACACAACUUGCCCUUUGGUUUUAAUUCAUUAUGCAUUCCUUUUCAGUUCUGGCUUUUUAUCAUUUUUUUUACUCUAGAUUUUAUGUAUAUUUAAUGGCCUGUCCGUUACGCUCUAGCUUUUUCUCGUAAUCCGGUCACAUCCCACAUAUGGAAAAAUUUCUGUCUAGUCUCUAGUUGUGGCUUUCAGUUACUGACGGCUUUAUACCAUUUAUCCAUGUCAGUCCUAAUUUGGGGAUUUUAACUUUUAUGUUCUUAGUUUGUUUUUAUAUACAAGUGUAGAUGAAAUGUAAAAUACUGUAUGUGCUUUAAAUGGCUUUUCUGUGGA